AUGUAUCGUCGUACCCUUAUGGACGGAAUAUUUGCAAUAAACAAACCUUCAGGGGUCACCUCCAGCAACUUUCUUACUCGUGUGAACAAGAUAUUUAAUGAGUCUGAGGUUUUCAAGCCCGCACUUGAUGAAAUCAAAAAAGAGCUCCAUAGAACUCAGCCUAAGGGUUAUAAGAAAAAGCUUCGCCAACUUAAAGUGAAAAUGGGCCACGGUGGUACUUUGGACCCUCUAGCGUCCGGAGUACUGAUUGUUGGUGUUGGAUCUGGUACUAAGAAGCUGGGAGGCUACUUGAAUGGCUCUGUCAAAGUUUAUGAAGCGGAAGCACUCUUUGGCGGAUCGACAACAACUGGAGACUCCGAAGGACAAUUGUUGACAAUUAGCGGAGUAGAUCAUAUCACAAAAGAGAAAGUGGAAUUGUUGAAGAAGAUGUUUGUUGGUCAUUUACAGCAGACUCCGCCAAUUUUCAGUGCAUUAAAAAUGGAAGGAAUGCCGCUCUAUGAGUAUGCGAGACGCGGUCUACCUCUUCCCCGCAAGAUCGAGCCAAGAGAAGUUCAGGUGUAUGAGCUUGAUUUGAAAGAUGACUGUCUCAGCACAGACCAUCCAUAUGAAUUUCUCAAGAGUGAGGUCGACGAAGACGGAACGGCACUUGUUGACAAGCUGAGCGGAAAUCCAACAUUGAAUGAUCACAAAGUGUCUUUUUCAAAAGAGUACAUGGAACUAUGUGAUCACGAUGAAUCAUUGAGUCGCGAAUGUGAGCCUUUGAGAACCGUGAAGGAGUUCCCUGAUGGAUUUAAAGCACCACUGCUUCAUUUCACAUCUAAGGUUUCCUCGGGAACAUAUAUAAGGUCUUUGAUCAGUGAUAUGGGGCGUGCUGUUGGCUCGUCAGCGUACAUGGUGAAGCUUAUUCGUCGGAAUCAAGCCGAAUGGGACUUGGAAAAAAAUGUCUUUGAUAUAGAGGAUUUUGAGCAAGAUGCCAAAAUUUGGGGCCCCGUGCUCGGCAAAGUCUUCAAAGAAGGGGCUUCUGUGAAUGUGAAGGAAGAGCUCGCGGCACUAGGCAUGGAUAGAAAACUUCAAGAGCACGAACAGGAAUCCAAACGUGUCAAGGUGGAAGAUUAG